GACGCACACACGCACGCAGACGACAGUCAGUGCGCACACCGAUACGUAUCGCGACCGGCUGGUUCGAACACGCUCGCACGCACGCACUGUCCGUAUAAUAUCGUUUAUUGUGUGAUAUAAUAUUAUAAUAAAUCGUAGUUAGAAUAUUUUGUCCCUCUCACAGGGCUUGUCGACCGAGAGAAUUUUUCGCGCGCAGUGUCGUUUUAUUUAGUCUUUCUGGUCGCGUGCCCACGCGGGUAUCGAUUCGAAUUUCAAAAGUGCCCGUGGUACGACGGUUUUCCGAACGCCAGCCGCGAUCGCAGACGACUCGAUAAUAAUAAUACAGAACGAUUGUAUUUUAAACAUAUCCGUAGCCGAAAAACUUCAACCGGUUCUUAUCGAUUUUCCACCCCUCCGAUGAGCCGGCGGUCGGUCGACGGUGCGAAAUAAUAAUAUUAUCGACUGUGUCCGCGGCGAUCGUUAUUUGCCUAUACGUUCAUCCGCGUUGUCGUUGCCAUUAUCCGUUCGGUGCACUUACCUGUCGACGUUUUGGAUAAUACUACAAUUGCACUAUUUGCGCGGGACAAGCCGUACACUCCGUCGAAGAAACGCGUCCGUGGUUAUAUGGAGGAAUUGCAGAGACGACGUCCGGUCGGUUAGGUUAGGAGGAAUGACCGGAUCGUUGCGUCUGAGCGCCCUGCUGUUGCUGUUGCUGUCCCGCUGGGCGUCCGCGGACCUCGAGAAGGGCGAGGACGAGUACGUCCGCAGCUGGGUCAUCAUCGAGGAACAGCUGGUGCCGCCGUCUAGGGACGAGCCGCUGGCCACCGGCGGCGUGGGCACCGCUGGCGGCGGCGUCGGUGGCGGCGCGGCCGGUCGGCGGAUCACGCCAAAGUCGGUGUUCGUCGCCCCAUCGUUCAACAAGUGUUCGGACGGUUACCGACCCGACAGCAUGGGCCGGUGCGUCAAGGUGGUCAAGAUCAACCAGGCGGCCCAGUGGGACUUUCUGAUCAAGCAGCUGAACUCCAUGUACGGAUCUGGUACAGGCGGAGGGGGAUUCCCUAUGUUGCCGGGCGCCUCGGCGUACCAGCCGGCCACCACCACGACCACCGACUCACCAUCGCAGAAGACCGAUAGUCCCGGACCGUUCCAACUGAACAUACCGUUGGGCGGCGGCAUGGUCGGUGACGUGGACUCGUCGUACAACCAGACGAUGGACUCCUUGGACGAACUCACUACCGGCACUACAACCACGACAACCAAUCCAACUACUACUUCAACUACUACCGUCGCAGCUGCCUCCACGACCGUCGUGGAAGACAAAGACGGCGACACCGCCAUUACCGACCACCCCGUUACGACCACAGUCGACGACGAUCUGGACGACCGCACUGCCGCGACUGUUACCGCGACCGCUGUCACGACGGAUACGGCGGAUACCACUAGACCACGACCGUACCGUAACCGCUAUCAAACGACGCACGCCGAGGACGUCACCACUGUCACUCCGCCUUCUUACGACUCGACUACCACCGUGACGUACGCGAAAACAAAGUACGUCGACAGUAGUAAAACGACGAUCGCCGGGACGGAAGACUCGCCGCAGACCUUCAAGACGACUGUUAGCUCCUUACCCUCGUCUUCGUUUUCGUCACCCGUGGUUACCACUACCGCGGCUGACGUGACGGAGACUGAUAAUCCGGUAACGGCCUCGACUCCGCCGGAAACCGAAGAUGAGGACGUAGUGACCGUACUAGCCGUGGCUGCCGCCGCCGCAGUCAACGGUGACGACGGUAGUGGUAGACCGGUUAGUACCACACGGUUGCCGUACACAACGGGUGGAAGGACCCAGUCGACGGUCACGGACACGGUCACGCCCGAAUACUACGACGAUCAACCGGAAGAGCCGACGUCGUCACCGGAACCGGAUUGUUCGGCUCCGAACGCGUAUCUGUAUUACACGGUGUGCGCGGGUUUCCGGCAGCAGCAGCAGUUCGAGCAGCUCCAACAACAGCAACAACGGCUCCAGCAACACCAACAGCAGCAACAGUUGUACCAGCAACAGCAGCAACAGUUCUAUCACCAACAGCAGCAGUACAACCACAUGGCCACCGCACUGGUCAAGCGUCCGGCUGCCGGCGGCGGGGGCGUGCAAGUCCGGUUCCCAGGGGACGAAGACCCGGCUUCGGCGACGAUGCAGGCGGACAGCGCGAACCUGAUCAGGUUCCCAGGACCAGCCCCGUACAGGACCACCAACAAGAUGUACGAGAGCAGCAGGCAUCCCACGUGGUGGCCGACGGGUUGGCCGGAUCAACAACAACAACAGCAGCAACAACAACAGCAACAGCAGCAGUUUGACGACUCCGUGCAGCAACAGCAUCGGCUACAGCAUCACCUACCACAGCAGAAACAGGACGUCCGGCUCUGGGAAUUCGGGUCUAGACUUCCGAAAACCACGUCGACCACGACGGUUGGCCCUCCGCCCCCGACCCAGUGGUACCACAGGUUCUUCUGAACGAGUGAUACCAAUACGCCGCCGCGCCUUUCCCAUCAUCAUAAUACAUAUUAUUAUUUUUAUUAUCAUUUUACGCUAAAUAUUAUAAUAUAAUACACACCCCCACGCCGUUCUAUUAAUAUAAUAUUUUUAUCC